UCCAAGGAUAUAAUACACUUCCGGUUUCACCAUUGUUUGUUUGUAAACAUUGAACUGAGUUGUGCAAUAACCAAAGGUUUUACAAUAUCAGCGACACGUAUACGUAUGUAUACGGACAUGCAACGCGUACACACUUUACGUGAGUACCACUGAAUCUGAAGACUCGACGUAGGAACAGUCACAGGCCAGGCAGUAUCAAAUUUAAGAAUGUGGACUGUGAUAGCAAACAUCGUAUCCUUUGACGAAAUCAACGACAAAUUCAGGACUUUCAAAGAACGAUUAAAGUUGAACAAUGUGUCUGGACGAUCACAAAGGGAUAGUUUAAAUACAACCACAUCAGCAUUCCAGAGACAAGUUAUACCUCCUAUCGGAUGUGGUAGUUGGAUUUUCCUUCAAACAUUCCAGUGGACAAAACAUAACGAAUGUCGCCGAUCUCUUCAGAGACAGAUCGUUUUCUUCUGGCUAUACACAAAGGACGGGUUGUCACAUUACAUAGCUGAACUGAGUGUUCGACAUUUCUUCUCCAUCUACCAGGACGUGUGUGGUGUUUCUUUGGAAGACAAUGCUGCUGUUCUAUCUUGGAAAACCAUCGCUCCCUUUAUGUACGACACUUAUCACCAUGCUGAUGUCUUAAGUUGUCCAACCCUAACAGAACAGAAGGUCGAUGUCGUGAAAAUCUGUAUCACAGUGGAAAAACACGCGGUCGGCCAUGACUUUGAAACAAAAGAAGGGAGUGUUCGACUAGAAGCGUUCUCCAAACUCGUUCGAAAAAUAGUUCCUUUGCCAUUUUAUGGUGAACAACUUAUGUGUUACGUCAAGGGUGAUGUGUAUUUAACAGGUAUUCUAAAAUACUUCUUUAUCCGCCAAGUGUUUGGUGACACGGGUGUUCGUUUAGGUUCCUUGCAAUACGAAGACGUUCAGCGGCGUCUGGAGUCGUGCCGACGUCUACAAGACGGAUUUGACGUAAGCAUCGACGCUUUUUCCCUGCAACUUGCAGAGGCUGGAUAUUUUCUCACCAAUGACGUCAAGUUGGCUCAGUGUUUCAAGUGUGGCGGAGUGCUACAGCUGAAAAAGUUUGAUUUUGACCCCUGGGAGGAUCAUGCCUACUGGCACCCAAGUUGCCCAUUCCUUCUGGAGGCCAGAGGUCAAGAAUUCGUGGAUAAAGUUCGUUUAGAACUGAGGCAAAAGUGUGAUUUCAACUCGGAGUGCGUUUUCACGUUUAAGCUUAGAAAACUAGCACCCGUAGAACCAUCAAUUCGACGACUACCAUUUGACAGCGAUUCAUGCGACGAAUCAGAUGAAUACGAAGAGGAUGAUGCUGACGAUUUUUUCGGUACAGAAAGUCCUGAAAGCGAUUAUUUCUCUGAUGAUAGUGAAUUUUGAGAAAAUAGUUUUCUGUUUUCGAAAUGUUACUAAUUUGCUAUCUAUCUCCAUGAGUUAUGUAUAUGUUCAAACAAAGGGAAGAAAUUCAUCCUCAUCAUAAACAUUGUUAUUGCAUAUUGAUUUUGUACAGAAGUUUAAUUUUGAAUAAACAGACAGAGCCAUCAA